UUUUUAGGGUUUUAUCCUCCGAAAGUCUCAACCUUUUUUUCUUAUCCUCAACAAAGGAGAAAUGGCGGCUACGCAACUUACAGCAUCACCAGUGACAGUAUCAGCUAGGAGCUUAGCUUCGCUGGAAGGUCUAAGAGCUUCAAGUGUCAAGUUUUCUUCUUUGAAACCAGGGACCCUUAGGCAGAACCAGUUCGGUCGUUUGGUUGUCAGAGCUGCUUCGGUUGUUGCUCCUAAGUAUACUUCAAUAAAGCCAUUGGGAGAUCGAUUGUUGGUGAAGAUCAAGGAGGCAGAGGAGAAGACUCUAGGAGGUAUCUUACUUCCAUCUACUGCUCAAUCAAAACCUCAAGGAGGUGAAGUCGUUGCUGUGGGUGAAGGAAGAACUAUUGGGAAAACCAAAAUCGAAAUCACUGUCCCGACUGGAGCACAAAUUAUUUACUCCAAAUACGCAGGAACUGAGGUUGAAUUCAAUGAUGUGAAGCAUCUCAUUCUCAAGGAAGAUGAUAUUGUUGGCAUUCUUGAGACUGAUGACAUCAAAGAUCUUAAACCUUUGAAUGACCGAGUCUUUAUUAAGGUUGCUGAGGCAGAGGAGAAAACAGCUGGAGGAUUGUUGUUAACCGAGACUACCAAAGAGAAGCCUUCUAUUGGCACGGUGAUAGCAGUUGGACCUGGUUCCCUAGAGGAGGAUGGUAGCGUUAAGCCACUACCAAUAUCGACCGGAAGCACAGUUCUUUACUCCAAGUAUGCUGGUAACGACUUCAAGGGUAAAGAUGGUUCCAACUACAUUGCCCUCAGAGCUUCAGAUGUGAUGGCUAUACUUUCUUAGUUAUGUUAUAUCUUUGUAACAUGCAACUUGUAUCCCAAUUGUGGAAAUUUUUUUCGUAAACGGCCUGAGCAUAAUUUUGAAUAAAGACUUGAGUUUGGAAAGAUGAUUGUGAUUUUA